UAUGACGCAUUACAGCUUCAACUGAGAACCUGUGUACGCGUUCAAAGGCCUAUGAUGCACUGCAAGUGCCAUUUCUGAUCUGCCAUUUCACCACUACGCUCUCUACCUCAUCACUGCAAUCUCUUGCUAACUCUUGACAGCGGCCUCAAAUCGCAAUAUCGACAAGUACAGAGGCUUGAACCGCGUCAAAGUCCAAUCGAAAGCUCAGUUCCUAGCUAAUAACAUUAGUAUGACACGCGCUGAAGAAUUUGAUUACAUACUUACUCCUGCCCAGAAAGGCGUUACCAUACCAGACGUAGUGGUGAUGGAAGCGCAUCCAGGGCUGCAAUCCACACUGAGUCUGGGGAAACACGUUGAAACAACCCGGGCUUUCAGAAACUUCGUUUUGAUCGUGCUUUUGUGUUUUCCUUUUCUCCUGAUACUGUUCAGCAAUGUAAACGAUCGAAAGCCAAUUCUCAGACUGCCAAGACAUGUUCUUCAAAGUACUCACAAGUGGAUACGAGGCCUUCAAUCAUCCCCACCUCCCAACCGUUCUCUAUGGAUUUCUGUCGGUUGUGAUACAAAGUACCCUCUGUUUUCCUGCCAGUCCAAACACGAGGCCCGCGGUAAAGGGCUUGGCAAUGUGAUUGCUGUCAAUGAAACACACUUUCGUCAUCCUAUCCUUCAGAGACAUUGGAACAGUUGCGCGAUCGUUGGCUCAUCGGGUCGUUUGCUGAAAACUGAAUAUGGACGUCACAUCGAUGAUCACGAAAUUGUCGCCAGAAUCAACUACCCGCCAAUAAAGGGAUACGAAAAACACGUGGGAUCUCGACCUUCCGACAUCUUUUUUUUCGGAGACAAAGUAGACAGAUGUUUCAACGAAAGUCACCCUGAAGCCAAGCUGAUGGUUUUUCCUCUCCCGUAUAAGAAUAGGCGUAGAGGUGUUUCUUUCGAAAAAUGCGAAGCUAACAGGGAAUUGCCAUUGUAUACUAUUUCAAAUUACAUUAUGGGGUUCGCAGGAGCGCUAAUUUACAACUAUACCGUAGCCCACCGUCCUCCCACAAUGAAGGCGCGUCAGGUAAGAAAGACAAUGCCAUCAUCAGGUUUUCGGUCGGUUAUUUUUACAAUGAUGAUGUGCAAGCACGUUGAUGCGUAUGGGUUUGGACUGAGUGGAGAUAAAGAAGAGCCGGUUCAUUACUACGAGAAAAGCACAGACAGUACAAGGUUUCGACAGGCUCACAAACCUAAUGUUGAAUUGGAGCUCAUGAGACAUUGGCCAAAUACGGCAUUGUCCGAUUUCUAUCCGCCCUUUGGCAAAUUACGGGUAUUUACAUAAAUGUUAAACAAAUACUAGUAAAUGUACGUUUAUAGCUGGGGCAACGUAUCUGUAUAUUUCAGAAUUCAAAUUGUGAUGAGAAAUAAACUCUAUGUCUACAGAACAGAUAUGUAAAACUAAAAAC